AGAAAACGCGAUUCCUGAAAUCAAACUCCCCUCGAUUUCCCCGAAAACCCAACAAAGAAAAAAAAAGCAUCUGACAAUUCACUCAAGCUUUUAAUUAAUUUUUUUUAUAAAACCCCCUCUUCUUCUUUUUUUCCUUCAAUCCAUCAAAUUCAUUAUCAUAUCCCUUUUUUUAUCUUAAAAAAUUACUGAAGAAAAAAAACAAUAUAAAAGAAAAAUUGGGGGUGAUUAUAAAUUGUGGAAAUGAAAAGUCAGACAAGCACUGUGGGUGUUGUUCGUUCGCUUGCUGUUCUUCUUCGUGAUUUCUUCUCCUCCUUUUUAUUUCUUUUAAUAUAUUUUUAUAUAUAUUUCACCUCUAAAACAAAAAGAAAAGAAAAUGAUUCUCGGACUUAUUAAUGAUCUUGUCGAUAUUGCUCAACGUUUAAUGUUUACGAUUUUUAUUUGUAAAAUCCCCAAUCACAUUCCUAGUAGAAACCGUAGAGAAAUAGAAGGAGAGAGAGAAAAGUUUUGUUUUUUGUUUUUCUUUUUGAGUUGAUUAUUAUUCUUCUUUACUUCUCUUUUUUCGUCAAACCAAAAACAAUCCAACGGUGUUCGUGUUCUUCAUCAUCUCCUCAAAGAAGAAAGAACAAUCCUUUCGAUUUAAUCUCAUAUCUUCAUCACCUCUCCAGCUUUUGUUUUGAUCCCUUCUCUGUUCAAAAAUGGAAGAUGGGUCUGAAGCAGACAAGAACGUAACACCUGAAGGUGCUGCUGCUGCUACUGAGAGUAAGAGUAAACGUAAAAUGAAAACAGCUGCUCAGCUUCAAGUUCUUGAAAACACUUACAAAGCUGAGCCGUAUCCUUCGGAAGCUCUUAGAGCGGAUCUCUCAGUUCAGCUGAACCUCUCCGACAGGCAGUUACAGAUGUGGUUCUGUCACCGCCGUCUUAAAGACAGGAAGUCUUCAACUCCGACCAAACGCCAGCGUAAAGAGUCCACACCCUCCUCCGCGGCUGAGUCAUCAAAACAGGCCGCCGCCGUCAAUGCCGCUGAUUUGGUGGCGGGAAAUGAGCUUAACUCGUUUGAUUCCAGAAGAACCGCUCGAGGCGGUGGCGGUGGUGGUGUAACGGUGGUUAGAAGGUUUAAUGAACCGUCUCCUACCGAGGUUAGAGCCAUCGGUUACGUGGAAGCUCAGUUGGGAGAGCGUCUGAGAGAGGACGGACCCAUUCUUGGAAUGGAGUUUGAUCCUUUACCUCCUGGUGCAUUUGGGACCCCUAUAGAGAUGCCAACCCAUCGAAAGGCAGCGACUAGGCCGGCGUUUGAGACCAACUUAUAUGUCCGGUCCGAUGUAAAGCCAGUUAAAGAAUCUGUGAGGACUAUUCGUGAGUAUCAGUUCCUUCCGGAGCAACCAUCUUCAAGGACUGAUCAUUCCGAAAGAGCUUCUCCGGCGUCGCACCACUAUGGAGUUCCACUUGAUGCUUCGGUGGUUAUGAGGGCUUCAUCAGUGUCUGGUGGACAUCGGGAUGACUAUAAAGUUUCGCCACCGAUACCGAAUUUAAACCUUUCAGCUCAUCACGUGAAGCCAGGGCACGUCUUGGGUGAAUACGACUCACCGUACCAGAAGAGCUACGUGGAUCCCACCCUACAUGGAAACGAGGAUCCUUUUGUGAAGUCGGAGAGGGAACUUGGUAAUGAUGAUGAUGAUGAGGAUGAUGAUGGUGAUGUUCUCCUGCAACUGGAGAGAAAACGCAAGAGUGAAGAGGCAAGAAUAGCUCGGGAAGUGGAGGCUCAUGAGAAGAGAAUCCGAAAAGAGCUUGAGAGACAAGAUAUGCUGAGACGAAAGAGAGAGGAGCAAAUAAGGAAAGAAGUGGAGAGGCAAGACCGUGAAAGACGUAAAGAGGAAGAACGGCUUCUACGUGAAAGGCAGAGAGAGGAAGAGAGGUACCUCAAAGAGCAGAUGAAAGAGAUGCAGCGAAGAGAGAAGUUCUUGAAGAAAGAAACAAUCAGGGCUGAGAAGAUGCGACAAAAAGAAGAGAUGCGUAGGGUGAAAGAGGUUGCAAGGCUUAAAGCUGCUAACGAGAGGGCCAUGGCUCGUAAGAUUGCUAAGGAAUCAAUGGAACUUAUUGAAGACGAACGCUUAGAACUCAUGGAGGUUGCUGCGUUAUCCCUAGGAUUGCCUUCAAUGGUCGCCCUCGACUUUGAGACUCUACAGAACCUUGAUGCAUAUAGAGAUAAGCAAGUGACAUUUCCACCAACAUCUGUAAAUUUGAAAAAGCCUUUUGCUGUGAAACCAUGGAAUGGUUCUGAUGAGAAUAUUGCUAAUCUUCUUAUGGUGUGGAGAUUCUUAAUCAAUUUCGCGGAUGUUCUUGGCCUUUGGCCAUUUACUCUGGAUGAGUUUACUCAAGCAUUCCAUGACCAUGACCCACGACUCAUGGGAGAGAUACACAUUGUUCUUUUGAAGACUAUAAUCAAAGAUAUUGAAGGUGUUGCUAGAACACUCUCAGUCGGCGUCGGAGCAAACCAGAACGCUGCAGCUAAUCCCGGUGGGGGUCAUCCUCAUCUCGUAGAGGGUGCAUAUGCGUGGGGUUUUGACAUACGCAGCUGGAGAAAAAACUUGAAUGUUUUUACUUGGCCUGAGAUCCUGAGGCAACUCGCUCUCUCUGCCGGGUUUGGACCGGAACUAAAGAAACAAGACAUUAAAACCAUGUCUGUCCACGAUGAAAACGAGGCCAACAACUCUGAGAACGUGAUAUUCAACUUAAGGAUAGGAGCAGCAGCCGAGAAUGCUUUUGCCAAGAUGCAAGAAAAGGGUCUUUCGAAUCCGCGACGUUCACGGCAUCGUUUGACUCCAGGCACAGUUAAAUUCGCUGCCUUUCAUGUUCUGUCUAUUGAGGGUGAAAAAGGUUUGACUAUCCUCGAGGUUGCAGAGAAGAUUCAGAAAUCAGGAUUGAGGGAUCUAACGACGAGCAGGACACCUGAAGCUUCGGUUGCUGCUGCGUUGUCUCGUGAUACAAAACUAUUCGAGAGGGUGGCUCCUUCCACGUACUGUGUGCGUCCUUCCUAUAGAAAAGACGCAGGUGAUGCUGAGACUAUAUUCGCUGAAGCGAGGGAGAGAAUACGCAUGUUCAAGAGCGGUGUUACGGAUGUGGAAGAUGUUGAUGAAGCUGAGAGAGAAGAAGACUCCGACAGCGAUGUAGGAGAUGAGCCAGAGGUUGAUUUGAACCUCAAAAAGGAAGAUCCUGAUGCUCUGGAGGAGAUAGGAAAGUUAACCGGUGGUGUAGAACCCUCGUUGGAAAAUGGGAAACUGGAAACAGAACCGGAGGCAAACCCUCUUACUCCCUCUCUCCCGGAGGAAUCUACAAAAGAUGAGAAAAUAGAUGACAUCUUACCGGAUCAAGAGGAUGGUGACUGUUUUGACGUGAGCAAACUUGGAGAACAAUGGGUGCAAGGACUCGUAGAAGGAGACUAUUCGAGUCUCAGCAUCGAGGAACGUUUAAACGCACUUGUCGCUCUGAUUGGUAUUGCAAUCGAAGGAAACACUAUCCGAAUCUCCCUUGAGGAACGUUUGGAAGUUGCGAGUGCGUUAAAGAAACAAAUGUGGAGUGAAGUACAACUCGACAAACGAUGGAAAGAAGAGUCUUUGAUCCGUGCGAAUUACCUCUCAUACCCAACACCGAAGACUCAAGAAAGCCCAUCAGCGUCACAGGACCCGUUGAGUCUUCCACAGAUCGAUGUAGCAGCAGGACCAAGCUUGCAGUUGCAAGAAAACGUGUCUGGAAUGGAGAAUUUGCAGUAUCAUCAUCAGCAGAGUUACACAGCGGACCGAGAAAGGCUCCGUGCAGAGUUAAAAGCCUACGUUGGAUAUAAAGCUGAAGAGCUGUAUGUAUACAGGUCACUUCCGCUCGGUCUAGAUCGAAGACGCAACCGUUAUUGGCGGUUUUCAGCAUCCGCCUCUAGGAACGAUCCUGGUUGUGGUAGGAUAUUCGUUGAGCUUCAGGAUGGUCGAUGGAGACUCAUUGAUUCAGAAGAGGGUUUUGACUGUUUGGUGAAGUCACUAGACGUCCGUGGUGUACGUGAAUCACAUCUUCAUUUCAUGUUGCUAAAGAUGGAAGCUUCUUUUAAAGAAGCAGUGAGGAGGAACGUGGAGACGAGUACCGACUUGGAUACUGAUACUGCGGAGAUCUCCUCAACUUUUAAGAUAGAGCUAGGGGAUGGUGGCAGAAGCGGAGUGUUGCAACGGUUCCAGAGUUUUGAGAGAUGGAUGUGGGAUAAUAUGGUUCAUCCUGGUGCGUUAUCCGCGUUUAAGUACGGUGCCAAGAAGAGCACUCCGCUGUUCCACAUUUGCAGAAGCUGUGCGGAACUACACUUUGCAGUGGAUGUUUGCUGCCCUGGUUGUGGUCAGAUGAUGAUGAGUGGUGGUUUGGAUGUCAGUGAGAUGUGUUUUGCUGACCAAGUGGCUCAACUCGGUGAAAUAUCCAGAAGAGACGCUGGAUUUAUAUUACGUGGGUCGAACCUGUCUCCUCUCAGGAUAAGACUACUCAAGAUUCAGUUAGCACUUGUUGAAGCUUCUCUUCCCCCUGAAGGACUUCAAACUCAUUGGACAGAGAGUCUCAGAAAAACGUGGGGUCUGAAGCUGUUGUCAUCAAGUUCCCCUGAAGAACUUCAUCAGGUUCUGGCGAUGUUAGAGGUGGCGCUAAAGAAAGACUUCCUGUCUUCAAACUUUGAGACAACUUGUGAACUCUUGGACUUAUCAGAAGAAGCUCUUCUCAGAGAUGUUAAAGUAGUGCCGUGGAUACCGAAGACCACGGGAGGUGUAGCUUUGAGACUCUUUGAACUCGACAGCUCCAUUGCUUACACACCUGAUCAAAACAAGGAUCCUCAAAAGGACAAAGAAUCUGAAGAUUUUGUCGGUUUGGAGACGAGUUUUCUGAGGAACGUUCAAGAAACUGACGUCAUCGAGGCUACUCCGGUGCAAGUUGCAUACGCUCAAGAAGACACGGAGCCGGGUUCAGGUAGAGGUCGACCACCACGAGGACGUGGCCGGCCUCGUUCCCAACGUGGCAAGAAACCAUCACCGGCUUCUGGUAAACCACCUCGAAGUGCAGCAAACUCAAAUGGCGAACCAAUGUUGAGGCCGAGAGCUCAACCGCGUGGGGGUAGGAAGAAGGGACGACGCAGCAGCGGCACGAGAACAAGGCCGACGAAAGGAACACUCGGUAUAUCCAAUGAGGUAGUAGGAGUAGGAGGAGGAGGACGUCGGGGUAAGGAAGUUAAUGUAAAUGCCAAAACCGCUCUUCACGAUUGGGUUGUCGAAACGCCUGAUGAUGAUGGAGAAGCUAGCAGCUCGGGGAGAUCGUUUCAGUAUGAUGACGAUGUGAUGGCUCCGGUUGAUGACUUUGGGGAAUCGAGUAAAUUAGUAGGUAGAGGAGAGUUUAGCUUACAUAGUGAUGAUGAGUACGAAGAAGAAGACAUGGACACGAAAAUGAAUGUUGAUGAUGAAGAUGAAGAUUACAUAAACGAGGAGGAUUCUGAUGGUGGUAGAGAGCAGGCGACGGAGAUGAUAAGCAUGGAUGAUGCAGCAGCUUCUCAGAGAAGGUUUCCGUUUGAAGAUCCUGAUCUUACAUCGUCAUCUUCCUCUGAUUUUCAGUGACUAAUUAAGAGACAGGAAACUACUCGACGUGUCUUUUUGUUUGUUGUAUUCUUCCACAAGGUUUCUUAGUUUAAACAUUUAUAUCAUUAACCCUUUUUCAAGAAAAUGUAACAUCAGUGUGAUUGAUCUCUUCAUCGUAUAAGCUUCUACGGUUAUAUUA